AAGACAGAGUUGGUUCGAUAUGGAGUGACAAGGUUUGCUAUGAAUUUUCUUUCAUUACAAAGUAUGUACAAGCAAAAGGCCAACCUUUGAAAGAUGUUUACAUCUAAUGAAUGGACAAGUAGUAAGUUGGCUAGAGAUGCUAAAGGAGUAAAGGCAGUAAGUAUAGUAAGUAUAGUAAUGGCUGCUUCAUUUUGGAAUAAUGUGCUAUAUACUCUAAGGGUUAUGGGUCCUCUUGUGACUGUUUUGCGGCUUGUUGAUAGUGAAAGUAAGCCAGCAAUGCCUUAUAUUUUUGAGGCAAUGACCAAAGCUAAGGAUGCCAUUAAGAGAUUGCAAAAUGAUGAUGAAAGCAAGUACAAGGAAAUCUUUGAAAUUAUUGACAAUAGAUGGGAAUGCCAACUUUAUCGAGCCUUGCAAGCAGCAGCUCAUUACUUAAAUCCUGUAGUCUUUUAUAGCACUCCAAAUAUGGGUUUGGAUUUGAGACUAACUGGUGGAUUGAUGGAUUGCAUUAAGAAGAUAGAGCUUGAUGUUAAUUUGCAACUCAAAAUAUAUAAUGAAGUGGCAAUUUAUAAUAAAGCUCAAGGUCGCUUUGGUGAUGACUUAGCAAUUAAAUCAAGGGUUUCGAAAUCACCUGAUGAGAUUGAUCAUAUUGUUCUAAAUGAGAUCUAUUUCGAUAAUGAGUGGUUGGUUGGAGAAAGUGGUGAAGUUGAAGAUGCUCAUAAUGAUUUGGUUUUUGAAAAUGAUAAUCUAACUUGGGGAGAUGUGGAGAGAGCAUCAGGGGCAAGAGAAAUUAGAACUUAUACUAGGGGACAAGCAAAAAGAAAUACCGCUGCAGCCUUCACCUCUCAAAUUCCAGCACUAACUUUUAGAACUCCAACCACAACCUCUAGUGUUGAUGCAAUUUAUGCUACUAGAAGUAGUGAAGAAGCUCAUACUUUAUUAGAUCUUGAAAUGUCAAAGGAGGAAGAAGAGGAGUUUGAGCCUGGUGGAACAAGUCGAAAAAACAAGGAUGAUGAUGAUUUGGUGGCUGAGCAAGAAGAAUUAGAAGCAGAUGAGAGUGAUGAAGAUUAUUAGACUCUUGAAUGAUUUUUUGUUUUAAAGUUUUAUUAUUUGACUUUUUUCUGAAUUGAUCUUGUUUGAUUUUUGUACUCUUUAAGUAUUUUAUUGUCUUGUUUGAUUAUUAUAAUCUAUGAUUUUAUUUGUUAAAACUUGAGAAUAUUGUUUUUUAUGAUUUUUGAUAAUUUUUAUAAACUCUUAGGUCAAUU